GCAUGAUCAAUUGACAUCACUUUCAUAUCCUCUCUCUCUCUAAGAUAGACAAGAACAAACCUUUAUUUUCCCUCGUAUUCCUUUCCUUUUCCCACUGCCAAAAUCCCAAUUUCAGAUAACAUGUUCUGAAAAACCCUAACCCUAAUCUGUACAUACAUACAUACAUACAUACAUACAUACCCUCAUCGUUCUUCUUCAAUCCUGAUUCUGUAACAACAAUCAACAUGUCUUCUUCUUCUCCUUUUCUUCUCUUAUUCACCCUUCUCCUCUCUCUGCCCCUAAUCUUUCUCUAUGCCCCGACCUUCAUCUUCCAUCCAAGACACUCACAAAUCUCCACCGCAGACGAGCUCGACGAUCUAGCUCUCUUCCGCCGAACCGCUCUCACCUCCGUCGCCCACCGCCGUUCCCGCACCUCAGUUUCUCAUCUCGGACCCACCCACCAUAAACCCAAAAUCGCUUUCCUAUUCCUCACCAACACCAAUCUCCAUUUCGCCCCUCUUUGGGAAAAAUUCUUCAAAGGAAACGAACGAUUCUACAACAUAUACGUCCACGCAUAUCCCUCUUCCGCAGUUUCCUCCCCGGGCGGCGUUUUCGAAAACCGAUUCAUCGCCGCCAAGAACACACAACGCUCGUCUCCAACGCUUAUAUCAGCCGCCCGCCGCCUCCUCGCCACCGCCAUUCUCGACGACCCAUUAAACUCCUACUUCGCCCUCGUCUCCCAGCACUGCAUUCCCCUGCACUCAUUCCGAUUCACUUACAGAACCCUGUUCCCCGGGUCAACCCGCGAGUUGACUCACCCAACAAGCUAUAUCGAAAUCCUCUCCGAUGAACCGCAGCUCUGGGACAGGUACACAGCCAGGGGAGAUGACGUGAUGUUGCCGGAGGUUCCAUUUGAGAAAUUCCGGGUCGGGUCUCAGUUCUAUGUACUUGCCCGGCGCCAUGCUCUUCUGAUUGUAAAGGAUCGGAAACUAUGGAGUAAAUUUCGAUUACCAUGUAUAAACGCUGAUUCGUGCUACCCUGAAGAACACUACUUUCCUACUCUUUUGUCAAUGGCGGAUCCGAAAGGAUGCAGCCAUUACACUCUAACUCGAGUUAAUUGGACGGGAAGCACCGACGGGCACCCGUAUACUUAUUCCCCGCCGGAGGUAUCAUCGGAGCUUAUUGGGCGGCUGAGACAAUCAAAUUCAACUAGAUAUUCAUACUUAUUUGCUCGAAAAUUCUCGCCGGAUUGUUUGGAACCUUUACUGAGAUUGGAGGAGAAGAUUAUCUUUCGCGAUUGAAGUGAAUCGUCGUCGAUAAUCCGGUGGUCAUGCCUCGUUUGUUUGCUUGCCGCCUCUUUAUAUUUCUGGUGGAGACUAAAAAAAAGAUUAAAAUCAGGGUGUGGGCUCUGAAGGUGGUAUCUAUAAUAAGUAUGUGGCCCAAGGAGAAGUCCAGGGCUAGGCCCAUUGGGCCGUGAAAAUUCAGGAUUGGUUAAUGUGUGUGUGUUUUGACAGGGACCAACUAAAAAGAUAGUGGGUCCUUUUCACUUUUUACUCUCUCUUGUCUCUUCUCUUGGUAAAAUGUAAAUAGACAGAGAAUUGAUAAGAAGAAGAGGUUGCUAAAAGAAGCAUAAAAGAAGACAGUAUAAGGAGUGCCCUAAAAAUGGAGGGUUGCUUCUCUUAUUUCUUCUUCUGCUCAUCAUUAAAUGUGUGUGUUAGUGUGUAUUUGAUAAAUAAAGUGCAGUUUCCAUUUG